UUGCAAUGUUUUCCAUAUUCGGAUGUUUUUAGUGCAGUGAGCGAUUGUGACUACGUGCUCCAUAUCGCGUCACCGUUUCCCAUUGUAUCCGAUCCAUCCUGCGUGGACAUUGCUGUCACUGGAACACUCAAUGUUCUCCGAGCCGUUUCGAAAGAACCCAGCGUGAAGAAAGUCGUUCUCACCAGCAGUUGUGCUGCGGUACACGAAGGGCAAACCUAUGGAAAAACGUACGACGAAACGUCAUGGACCAAUGUUGACGAUCCAAAGGUAGACUACUACGCCAAAAGCAAGACAUUGGCCGAAAAAGCCGCAUGGGAUUUCGUUAACAACAUAAAGGACGGCAACAAAUUCAAACUGACGUGCCUGAAUCCGACAUUUGUUGUUGGCCCACUGAUAAUAGAUGAAGAAGGUGCCAGUAUAUCGCUGAUGCGACGAUUCCUCAACUUUGAAUGGCCUGCCCUUCCGGAACUGAAUCUGGCCUGUGUGGACGUUCGAGACGUGGCGAAAGCACAUUUGCUAGCUAUGCAUUGUCCGGAAAGUGAUGGAGAGCGAAUUUUGAUCACAAGCCAGCCGUCAUUUUGGUUCAGAGAUAUCGCUCGGAUUUUGGGAGAAGAAUUCAGACCACAAGGUACAAAACCAUUUCUUCUGAAUCAGAAACGAUUCGUUUUUUUUUGCUGA